UUCUCCAGCCUCCUCCCUAGCCCUAUUUACAUUUCUUGCUCGCUUGACCCAGGCGCCGACUGCAGCAAGUUGGUCGGCCGCUGUGAACGGGAGGUUCUGUCACUUCCUCCUGUAUUUCUCGUUCGUCGUCGACAUGGCGUUGAGGUUCGAUGGAAAAGUUGUGCUCGUCACCGGCGCUGGCGGCGGUCUAGGGCGGGACUAUGCCCUGCUGUUUGCAGAGAGGGGAGCAUCUGUUGUGGUCAAUGACCUGGGCGGCUCACGGAGUGGGGAGGGUCAGUCCAGCUCCGCCGCCGACAAAGUUGUGGAAGAGAUCAAGGCCAAAGGUGGCAAGGCAGUGGCUGACUACAACUCGGUGGAAGAGGGCGACAAGGUCGUCAAGACCGCCAUCGACAAUUUUGGCCGGAUCGACAUCCUGGUAAACAAUGCUGGCAUCCUCAGGGACAAGGCCUUUGUCAACAUGACGCCCGAAGAGUGGGAUUUGAUCCACCGAGUGCACCUGCGAGGCUCAUUUCUUGUCACCCGGGCUGCUUGGCCUUACUUCAGGAAACAGGGUUAUGGAAAGGUAAUAAUGACCGCAUCCGGGGCCGGCAUUUUCGGCAACUUUGGACAAGCCAACUACGGCUCUGCCAAGCUGGGACUGCUGGGCCUGAGCAACACACUGGCCAUCGAGGGAAAGAAAUACAACAUAAGUGUAAACACCAUCGUGCCCCUUGCUGGUUCUCGACUCACCGAGGACGUCUUCCCGCCCGAGGUAUUCCAGCAGCUUCAGCCAAGCUUUGUGAGUCCAGUCGUCGUGUGGCUCUGUCACGAGUCGUGUCCCGAGUCGGGAGGAGUCUUCGAAGCAGCCGGAGGAUUUGUUGGCAGAUACCAGUGGCAUAGGUCAAAAGGAAAAGCAUUCCUCAAGGGUGAUACGAUGACACCUGAGAAAGUGAGGGACAGCUGGGACCAGAUCACAGACAUGAAGGGAGCCCGUGCCAUGGCCAGUGUCCAUGACCAGACCAAGUCCCUGAUCGAGGUGCUGUCUGGCCAAACGCCUCCCGACGAAGAAGCUUCGGCUCGGUCAGAGGCCGGGGCCCACGACCCUUCCUUGUUUACUUACAGCGCCGACACAGCCAUCCUCUACGCCCUUUCAGUGGGAGUGUCGACCGAGGAGAAGGACCACCUGCGGUUCCUCUUCGAGGGCAGCGAGGGCUUCAGCGUGCUGCCCUCCUUCGGCGUGCUGCCCGCCAUGGCCGCCGUCUUUGGCUCCCCCGCGUUGCACCAGGAGACGCAGAGGUUGAACGUGGACCCCACCAGGAUGCUGCACGGGGAGCAGUACCUGGAGCUGUUCCGUCCCAUCCCUCCAUCCGGAGUGCUGAAGACGGAUGUGCGAGUUGUCGAUGUCCUUGACAAGGGGUCUGGCGCUCUGCUGAUUGCCGACGCCGACACCUUUGACGAACACGGGGAGCGCCUGCUGUACACCCAGUGGUCCGUGUUCUUCGUCGGAAGCGGAAACUUUGGGGGCAAACGAAGCACGGAUAAGGCUCGGCCAUUGCCUGCCAUGCCCAGCCGGAAGCCAGAUGCUGUGGCCGUGGAGAAGACCUCUGUGGACCAGGCUGCGCUGUACCGGCUAUGCGGCGACAAGAACCCUCUGCACAUCGACCCCAGUUUCUCUGCUGCGGGAGGUUUCCCGAAGCCCAUCCUGCACGGCCUGUGCUCCUUCGGCUACGCCACCCGGCACGUGUUGAGGCAGUACGCGGGCAACGACGUCCGCCGCUUCAAGUCCAUCCAGGCGAGGUUCACCGGUCCCGUGGUUCCGGGGCAGUCCAUCCGCACCGAGAUGUGGAAGGAAGGAAACCGGGUGCUCUUCCAAUGCUCGGUGCCCGAGUCCAAGAAGCAGAUCAUCUCUGGAGGCUGCGUCGAACUCCACGAGGCCGUCCCUGCCAGUCCCGCCGCGUCUCCGGAGCCCAUGCCUGCCGUCGAUGACGUGGAGCUGAAGACGGACCUGGUGUUUGCGGGCAUGGCCGCCCGUGUGGAGGAUAUGCCUCACCUUGCAUCCAAGGUCAAGGCCGUCUACGAGUACAACAUCUUGGUCAAGGGCAAGCCUGCCGCCGUCUGGACCUUGGACCUGAAGAACGAGCAGGGGGCGGUGUACAAGGGCAGCCCCAAGACCGGGAAAGCCAACUGCAUCAUCACCAUAGAAGACGACGACAUGUUCAAUAUGGCCGUAGGACAGCUUGACCCACAGAGGGCCUUCAUGACAGGCAGGCUCAAGGUGAAGGGAAACCUGAUGCUGAUGCAGAAGCUGAGGGAACUGCUGAAGCCGCCAAGUGACCCCGCCCCUCCCAAACAGCCUGCCCAACCAGCGGCUCCUGCGCAGCAGCAGCAGCCACUAAAGAGCGACGUCAUCUUCUCAUCUAUGGAGAAGAAGAUCGCCAAGAACCCCGACCUGGCGUCGUCUGUCAAGACCGUCUUCCAGUGGGAUAUCAAAAAGGACGGCCAGCUUGUCAAGCAGCACACAUUGGACCUGAAGAACGGCCAUGGCGCCGUGUACUCGGGCACCCCGAAGCAGGGCAAGGCGGACUGCACCUUCGUCAUGGAGGACGACAUCUUGCACGACAUCUACACCGGAAAGCUGGAUGCACAGAGGGCCUUCAUGACGGGCAAGAUGAAGAUCACGGGCAACGUGCUGGCCAGCCAGAAGCUGCAGGACCUUUGGGAGCAGGACAAGGAGGAGGAAGAUCCGGGCCAGGAGCUGGCAGACCUGGUCGGCGCCUCCUCACAAGGGGAUGACGACAGGCCCCCACUGCCCUCGGAGCCUCCCAACACCAUCAAGUCGGACUUCAUCUUUGGCAUCUUCACCGAGUACCAGAAGCAUGAGCCCCAGAUUGCGAACCUGGUCAAGACCAUCUACCACUGGAUCAUCCUCAAGGACGGCAAGAAAGCCACCGAGUGGACGGUCGAUCUGAAGACUGGCAGCGGAGACCUGUACAAGGGGCCACCCAAGGGCAUCAAGGCAGACGUCACCAUCACCAUAGACGAUGAGGACGUCAUCCAGCUCAUGCUGGGCAAGCUGAACCCGCAGAAGGCAUUCAUGCAGGGUCGCCUCAAGAUCCGUGGCAACAUCAUGCUGACUCAGCGCUUCAACCAGCUCUGGCAAGAGAUCCUCAAGAGUGGCCGAGUGCUUGAGCUCAAGCUCAUGAGUCCACUCCUCUCUGAUGGACAGCCUCUGAGCCCCGACCUGUGGAGCGACUGUGCCUUCUUCCUGCUCACCAAGAAGCUGGCGCACCUGCCGGAGCUGGCACCCCGGGUGCAGGCGGUGUACGAGUGGCGCAUUCUCAAGGGUGGCACGCAGGCCAGCCUCUGGACUCUGGACCUAAAGAACGGCGUGGGAGCGGUGUAUCGUGGCGGAGCCAAGGACGGACCCGCCGAUUGCACCAUUAGCAUGGACGACGACAUCUUUGCCCACCUGGUGGCCGGAAGGAUCACCCCGCAGCUGGCAUUUUCCAAGUUUGUGAAGGUGGAAGGGAACCAAGCCCUCGCGGACAAGGUCCACCCACUCUUCCUGACUCAGGCCAAGCUCUGAUCUGGCUCCAGGGGCCUUAUCUACGCCAUACUCAAUUUCACGGAACAGCUAACAGUUUAAUUGUCAAGGCGGGGCACUGACCGACUUAGUAUUUUUUAUACACCCGAGUUAUUGAACCAGUGAUGCUUUUUGAAGGUGCACACGAAUAAAGUGAUAUUUUUGUAUUCA